AUGGGACAGGGCAACGACACUCAGCAAGACCUCCCCACCUGGUUCGUGGAGACACGGAAGAAGGGUGUGAGCGUGGCAGGAAACGCGCUCUUUACCAUCUUGCGACUCGCCGACCUGUCUCUACAGUACUAUCUUUUGUCAUCCGGGCUAGGACUGAGACUCGUGCAUAAGCUGGGCGGUACGACUAUCUCGAAUGCAGUCGCGUCGCCAGCUACUGCAAUCGGCCUCUCGCCGUACCACUCCCUCGUAUUUGGCCUCGCUGUCGGCAGUGCUGCUAAACAGAUUUAUUGGUGUCUGGGAGUAGCAGACAAUAAAUUCGAUCCUGGAUUUGCAACCAUGAUUGCUUCGUACAACACUGUUCUGAACACCUUCAAUACUUUGCUCACGCUUUGGACUGUCACUUCAAACCGUUCUGCAGUGGCCAAUACUUGGACUGAACUGUUCACCAGCCGACCAAGUGUCGCGAUCGGCGCCGGACUCUAUGGGCUCGGGUUGUUCACGGAAUGGUGGUGUGAAGUACAGCGCAAGCGAUUCAAGAAGAACCCAACCAACAAAGGCAAGCUUUGCACUGAGGGUCUGUUCGGGCUGGCACGCAACAUCAACUAUGGCGGUUAUACACUGUGGAGAGCUGGCUACAGCCUUGUCUGCGCCGGGAUCCCUUUGAGUGUUGCAGUAGCUCUGUUUCUAGCUGGUGACUUCUCGCAGAGAGCCAUACCGUUGUUGGAGACGUAUUUGGCACGNAAAGGUAAGAUGAUUUGA